AUGACGAUGAUGAUGAAAAUCUGUUUCAUCUCACUGACCAUCCUGUUUCUUUGGCGAGUGCAAGAUGUUGCAGGAGCCUGCAGGUGUCUCCAUCUCAGCAUUCAGCAGGCUUUCUGCAGAGCAGAUGUUGUUUUCAGUGCAAAAGUUACUGGAAAGCAAGUGGUUGACACUGGGAAUAGCCCCUUGAGAAAUCCAUUCAAGAGCAUCAAAUAUGACAUACAAGUGACUAAGGUGUACAAAGGCCCUGGUUUGAAUAUUGAUGCUGUCUACACUUCUUCCUCCUCUGCAACAUGUGGAGUCACUCUGGACACUGGAGACAAACUGUAUCUAAUCACAGGCAAGCUGGAAGAUGAUGAGACUGUGCAAAUCACAUCGUGUUACUUCAUUGAGCUGUAUGAUGACUUGAGUAUCGCCCAAACACAAAAACUGAUUCAGUGUUAUACAACCGGCUGUGGCUGCUAGAUGAACACCAGAUUCUCCAUCCCCUGCAUUAUCAGGAGCCCAGCAGAUUGCCUUUGGGUUGAUUGGAUGACUGGAGAUACUGUGCAAGACAAAAAAUUAUAUGUACAU